GCCCCACACACACACACACACACUUUCUCUUCAGCUUUCCGCCUUGUCUAUUCGGUGCCUCCCUGCUCUUGGCCAUGACGGAAACCUGCUCCCAGGCUGACGGGACAUCGCCUCGGCGCUGUCUGCUGGUCGGGCGCCCUGGGCCUCGGGGGCAGGAUUUCAUCCUCUGGCCGCCGGUGGACUUAGAUCCACUGGACGGCCAGCUUUGUGGCUUGUCCCGGCAUCUGGUGGCCGUGACACAGCUUCGCCCGGUGUCGGUGCUGGGCCAUGCCGAUGCGAAUACGCUGGUGGUGGCCAUCUGCCCGACGCAGGCGGCUCUGCUGGUGCGAGUGGGCGAGCAUGUGGCCUUUACCCUGGUGCCUGCGGGGCUGCCCGAUCAUGGGGGCUUCUUGUCCCAAUGCCUUCGCGUGGUGUGCCUCGAGGCCGACCCCGGCAGUCAUCCUGCUGAGAUGAACAUCGAGCGGGCAUUGCUCCAGUCUGUCAGGAAUAUGCUCUCGGGCAAGCCCUCCACCCUGACGAUGCAACUGGCUCCGUAUGAUGUAGACCUGCAAGCCCUGCUGGCUGAGUGGUCCAGAUCGUCGGGGGACGGGCACCUCGCGCAGCGGUGCAGCGCCCUCUGGGCACGCAAUGAGCUCCACGCGCCGGUGCUUCCUCUGAACGCCCAUCCGUUGCUGUAUUUCGCUCGCAGUGAGGCAGCCUUGCCUGGGAGUCUGGGCGACGAGCGGAGUGCAGAACGCAAGAGGCUGCUUGAGCAGUUGGAGGUGCGCCGUGAGGUCGUGUGGGCCCUGGCCCGCAUGUGUGCUGAUGCACCGCUGCCUCGUUGGCCAUCGGCAUGUGUGGCCCUCGCUCUCGCUCGCCCUAUCAUGUGGCUGCUUUGCUGACGCUGCCUCUCAUGUGCCGGGGCCUUUCCGUCGGCGUCUUUCCACCGCCCCCCGCUAUACAUGCUCUUGGGCAGGCCAUCCCGUACGGGGAUUUGGCGCGCGGAUUUGCCGGGCUCCCGUGGGCCGAAUUGGCCACACAGCCGGACGCCACGCUGGCCUCGGUGCUGACGGCCCCGCCUGCGGAUGAUGGACAUCCCUUUUACCGCCAGGGCGCGGGGGCCGACGAGCAGCCCACCGCGCCGAGCCCCCUUCCCCCGGGGCUGGUCGUGGAUUGGACCCAUGUGUCGGACGUGGAAUUGGCCCGAGCCAUGGAUGGCCAGUCGGAUGGCGGGGAAGCCAGGGCCGCGGUCGCGGCUGACACCUUCGCCGACAUCGCAAGCCUGGAGGCAAUGGCCCUCUCGGCCCGGGAUGAGGGGCACACUUCGACCGGGCAGGCCGCCUCGGAUGGCCGACGCCAGUGCAGCGCCAGGGACCUGGCCGGAUUGACGCGCCUCGGAAGCGCGGAGAUCGCCAGCGGCCGGGUGGCCGUGGUCCUGCUGGCCGGCGGCCAGGGCACGCGCCUCGGCCAUCGCGGCCCCAAGGGCACCUUCUCCCCGGCAGGGCUGCCCUCGGGGAAGUGCAUCUUUCGCCGGCACGCCGAGCGCCUGCUGGCGGCCAGCAACCGGGCCCAGGUGGUGGCGCAAAGUGCGGCCCAGCCCUCGGGCCCCCUGUCGCGGCAUUGCCGGUGGGUGGUGCUCACCAGCGCCGAGACGCACCACGAUACCGAGGCCUACUUCGAGGCCGAGGACUUUUUCGGCUUGGAUCGGGCUCUGGUGCGCUUCCUCACGCAAGCCAGCCUGCCGGCGGUCCAUCUGCUGGAUGGGACCUUCAUCCUGGCCGAGCCCUACCGGCUGUCCACCGCCCCGAAUGGCAAUGGCGGGCUGUAUGAGGCCCUCGCUCGGUCCGGGACGCUGGACUGGCUGGAGGCCGGGGGGGUCCGGCACCUGCAGAUUUGCGGCGUGGAUAACCUCCUCACGCGGGCCCCCUGCCCGGGGCUGGUGGGCAUGGCGCUGGCCGGUGGCCUGCGCGUGGCAUCGAAGGCGGUGCCGCGCGUGCGUCCAACCGAGGCGGUGGGUGUCUUUGCCGAGCGCCACGGCCGCUUCGGUGUGGUGGAGUACACCGAGCUCGGGGCUGACCUGGCCGGGGCGGUGGCCGACCCGGCCACCGGGCGCCUGGCCUUCGACUUGGCCAACAUCGGCCACCAGUACAUGCGCCUGGAUGUGGUCCGGCAUCUGGCCCGGCUGGGGGCCUUCCACAUGCUGCCCUUUCACAAGGCGCAGAAGCGCAUCGCCGGCCUGGCGCGGGCCGAGGCUGCCGGCCACCGGGCGGCCUCGCUGUGUGGCUUGAAGUUGGAACUCUUCAUUUUCGACACCCUGCCCCUGGUGGGGACCGUCACUGCGGGCCGGGCCGGGGUGCAGUUGGUUCGCCGGGAGGCGGAAUUUGCGCCGGUCAAAAAUGCCGACGGGCCUGGGGCCGUCGACUGUCCGGCCACCGCGGCCGGGCUCCUGCUGGACCAGUGUACUGCCUGGCUGCGGGACUCCGGUGUCCAGGUGGAUGGGUCCCUGCGUGCGGAGGUGGCCCCUAGGGUGUCUGUGGCUGGGGAGGGUCUAGGUGCCUUUGCUGGGCUUCGGCUUUCGGUGGAGCCUGGCCGCGACGCGGUUUUCAUCGACUCGCGUGAGGGUCUGGCAUCUCUGCUACAAUGAGACAAGGCCUGGCUGCUGAGCAAGGCUGCUUGCCUCUUCCUUCGCGCAUGCUUGUCGUGUCGAGAUCCAUUCACACGAAUGGCACACGAUCGCAGCGGGGGAGGGCCGCCAAGCUGCCGUGUGUGUGUGGGUGGGUGGGUGUGUCGAUCUGGGGGAAAUUCAGUCGCUCGUGCAUGUUGUUUGUGCUCUUGUUUUUCCUUCUUCAUUGUCCGAAUACAUCUGUGUCUGGCCACAACACAUA